AUGACGUCAACUGCGAAAUUCUGUCGAAAGAAUUGUGGUUGUUUUGGAAAUUCGGCAUUGGAUGGACUUUGUUCGCGUUGUUACACUCAACAAAAGAAGAAUGACGAAAAUCUUGAAGAAGCAACACAACAAGAUACGUCUGUUGUCAUCAAAUCAACAAUGCCCGUCGACAGUCUUUCAUUGACGGCUUCAACAAUAGGAAACAAGACUCGAAAGAAGACGCGAUGUCCCAAUUGUCACAAACUUUUAGGUAUUUUACAAUAUUCCUGCGCAUGCGGUGGUCAAUUCUGUUCAAAAUGCCGUUAUUCCAUUGAACAUCAGUGCCCGAUCGAUUACAAAGCUCUUGGUCGACAAUUUCUCGUCGACGCCAAUCCCCAAGUGAUUGCCGAUCGUGUUCCCAAUCGUCAAUAA